AUACAGCAGAACAAAAAAAUGAUGACAGUAGAAGAAAUGAAUGAAAUUUGGGGAAUGCUGACUUGGAUGAAGCCACAGGACUCCUUACCAAAGUCCUGGGAAGAACUGGGAGCACUUUUUUAGCACACUCCUGUCACCAUUGAGAACCACUUAGUUUGAAAUAAAGGACGAAAAUCACAACCGCCAAUUGUAGUGGCAGAGAAGGUUGGGCUCCACUCACAUCUUUUAAUCUUGAAGACUUCAAAAAUAUACCUGGAUCUACCUUUUUUGUGUGUGUGUGAGGCGAAUGUGAUAAUCACUACACUACGGAAACUUGCCUUUUUUUUUUUUUUUUUUUUUUUUUUGAAUCCAGUACCAAGCAAUCAAUGACCCACUGUGCUUUUGUUAUAGUGUAGAAGCUUUUGAGUUCUCCAGUCUAAACAAGAGUUUCUCCCAUUUUCCCAUGAAGCCACAUUGUUGUUUAUUCACUUUAGUGGUGAUUGUUAUUGUGCCAGAAGCAUUUGCUUUGGAAGAUGUAGGCUUCAACCAAGUGACCCCACUGGGAGUGAAUCAUAGUUCUUUCAAUGCAUCAUUUCUCCCAAGUUUUGAACUCUCACCGGAUUCCCAUUCGGGUGAUGAUGUCAUCAUAGCCAGAGAGGGAACUAGUGUUUCAAUCGAGUGUCUUCUCACAGUCGACCACUUUGAAGAUAUCUAUUGGUACAACUCAAAAGGACAGCAACUGGAUGACAGAGACAGAGGUGGAAAAUGGUUGGUUUCUGGUAACUUCCUGAAUAUCACCAACAUAGCCUUUGCUGACCGUGGGCUCUAUACAUGUUCUAUCACCUCUCCAAUCCGUGCCUCCUACUCGGUCACCCUGCGGGUUAUCUUCACCUCAGGAGACAUGAGUAUCUACUACAUGAUUGUCUGCCUGAUUGCCUUUACAAUCACUCUCAUCUUGAAUGUCACACGGCUCUGCAUGAUGAGCAGCCAUCUUCGUAAAACUGAGAAAGCCAUCAACGAAUUCUUCCGAACUGAAGGGGCAGAGAAACUUCAGAAGGCCUUUGAGAUCGCCAAACGCAUCCCCAUCAUCACCUCGGCCAAAACGCUGGAACUCGCCAAAGUCACACAAUUUAAAACCAUGGAGUUUGCUCGUUAUAUCGAAGAACUGGCAAGAAGCGUCCCUCUGCCACCCCUUAUUCUAAACUGUCGGGCCUUUGUAGAGGAGAUGUUUGAGGCUGUGCGAGUGGAUGACCCUGAUGACAUGGGAGAAAGAAUUAAAGAGAGACCUGCCUUGAAUGCUCAAGAUGGCAUCUAUGUCAUUAACCCAGAGAUGGGCCGGAGUAAUUCACCAGGAGGUGAUUCGGAUGAUGGUUCUCUGAGUGAACAAGGCCAGGAGAUAGCAGUUCAGGUUUCUGUCCACCUUCAGUCAGAGACCAAGAGUAUUGGUACAGAUUCUCAAGACAGCAGUCAUUUCAGCCCACCUGAUGAUAGAGAAUCUGUUGAAUCAAGCUCUAACUACAAAGAUGGGACACAUGACAGUUGCCAGCUGUGAGCUAUUCCGGUACCUAAAAAACUACUCUCAGAAAAGGAACCUGUUUCAUGCAGGAAAUAACAUUUUGACCAGAAGAUAACUGAUAUUUUUUCCCCCUUUGUUAAUAUUAAGCACAUCAGAAUGUGAAUUACCACCAAAAUCUUUGUAAAAAUUAAGCAUUUUUUUCUUAUCUCAUCUUUCUCAUUUCCCCUGAGUUUGAUUUAAUGACACAUGUUGAGAUUUAAAAGAGCCUGAGAGAGCAGCAUAAUGGGGGAAGUCCCGCACUGAGAGUUACAUGGCUUCUCUUCUGGUCAUGGUUCUUCUGUCAUUUAGGGCUGACCUUUAUCUUGAGGCCUCAGUUUUCCCACCAGUAAAAUGAGGGAUUUGCGCUAGGUGAUAUCUAAAGUUGUUUCUGCCCUAUAACUUCUUACCUGCCACCCUUACACCAUUGAAAUCUUCAGCACACUUCUAAUUAAACCCUUUCCUAGACUUUCAGUCCCUUCUUAUGGAAAGGAACAAGCUGAGACUUCAUCCUGUGAUCUGGAUGCCCACACCAAUGCUGUGCAUAGAGGUGUGAGUGUUGGUCAGAUGUCUUGCCUGCUGGAGCGUACAGUUGUAUGUGCUAGGUUGACUCUUUCCAGUGUAGCCCAUGUCUCUAUUGUUAUGCUGAUAUCAGGGAGCUGACUGCUCAUUAGUAAGCUACUUUCCAUGAGUAAAUUGGUCCUUUUGGGGGUAUAUCAUGUCUUUUCAACUUACUGGGGCAUCAUUUAUCUCAUUGAGCUGGCAGUGAUUUCCCAACUUAUCUCCAAAAGUGGACAAUUUGUUCCUGAAGAGUAAUGUCUCCAAUGUUUUUAGAAAAAGAAAGAAUGUCAAAUCGUCUGUCUCUGGGAAAUUAUGGGUUUUGACAUUUCUGUUAAUAGAAUUUCUCAGGCUGUCCGUUUUUUGAAGUACUGGAUUCUGCAAGAUGGUUCUGUGGGAUCCCAUUCCAGCGGGAAACCCACCGCUGAAUUCCUCUUUAGCCCUCUGUCAACACUCUUGCCCUUUAUGGUCUUAAACAUGGUGCUAAAGGUUGCAUGCCUCCUUAUUUUGUUUGUCUUGUUUAUACUGUAUUGUUAUUGAGGUUUUUAUUUUUAUAUACUUCAGAUAUAGAAUUCUGAGCUUAGGGCUGCUUUUGUGGCCUUUCUGAAAAGCACUAACCUGAUGUAAGAUUAGAUAAUGAAUGGUGUGUGCAGUGUGCUACUAUAUUAAAUAUAUAUAGAUAUACAGGUAAAAAGAUAUAUAUACACAUGUACAAAUGAUCUAGACAUAAAAAAAUUAUGAAUGAUGCCACUUGAUUCAACUGUGGGUAAACACUUAAGACUGUUUCUUGCCUCGCUGAGAUCUGAUAUAAUGAAAUUGUAAAUACUCUUCAGAAUAAUUUCUUCAGCUACAGUAAGCUUGGUGUCCUGUAAUUUUAAGAACUUGGCAGUGGAGCUCCAUGUGCUUCACAUUUCUUCAUUUGGCUUCUGAUUACUGAAGCAUUACUUGAACUAGAGGUUCCUGAGGGAAAUGUUCAGAGGAGGUUUUAUCAGGAUUUUAAUUUAUGGUUUCAAAUGGAGGAAGGCAGGAAAUUCAGAGUGUGAUCAGAUAGAACUCCUGCCUCCCUUUGUCAGAGCUUAUCAGAAGUAAUACAUCUGCUCUGGAUAGCAUGAACGAACCAGUGUGCAGUUUUAUCAGAUGGCAUUAUAGAUAAAGAUGAUAAUGUUGCCUUUUCUGUCUCUCAGGCUGUUUCCAUGGAAACCUCCAGAGCCAAACAAAAGCUACCAAUCAUUUAGCCGAAGCUUGUCUUGGCUCAUAGACCUGUAUUUCUUUAAAGAAAACUGUUUUCAUACAUCUGGCUAUGAGAACAGGGGCUCUUGAACAUGCCCUAGAUUGUAGAACACUUUUUCCCUUCCUAAAAUGUUUCUCUUGAAAGUAUAAAAAUCUUUAGAAUCCCUUGUCUGAGGUCUGUCCCCUGAACAUCCCUCGUAUCUCUACGUAACACCUCCAAAUCUGUCCCAAUAUCGCAGGUUUGGGGUCAUUUUUAGAAUUUUGCUUGUCACAUUAAAGAGAAUGAAUUUACCCUACAUGUUCCCAUAAUAGACAUGAGUGUUUGGAACCUUGAGGUAGGCAUAUUUAGUGAUCAAAGUUCUGGGAAACAGGACUUCAGAAAAAUUAAGGAAAAAAUGAAAAAAAUCUAUAAGCUUGUGCAGUACUGUAUGACAAUUAAGUGUAGGCUACUCCAGUGUAUCCUAUAUAAAUUAUUUUAGAAACAUAAUGGUGACUUAAUUUGGUGGCCAAAGUGACUGGCUUACUUUAAGUAUUCCAAGUUAUGGUGCCAUUGAUAAGGAAUUAAAGUAGGUCAAAAUUUAAGUGGAGUUGGUAUUACUUUCUAAAGCUAGUUGCUCAGAGGAAGAAACCACACUUACUAACAUUUUCUGUAGCUAAUCAAAUACUCUUUAUAUAUGAUUAAUACUCAUGUUAUCUUUUUGUAAAAUCCUUAACCUUUUGAACUUAAUCUACAGUCUAACAGUCUUUUGACAAUAAUGCUAGUGUAAUUAUCUUUUUGUCUUGCUGGAUUUUAUAGUUAGCGAAAAUACCUUUACUCAACAAAUGUAUUUGAAAUAGUUCUGUCAUCCCAUUUAUAAAUUUUGUCUUGUGAUUUAAUGAGCCUUACUGUCCUUAUGAAAUGAAAUGGUGGCUUUGUGAAAUAAAUUUACCAAAAAUAGACAUGUAAAUAUUUUUAUAGGUUCCUUGCCAACUGAAACCAGACAGAUGGGCAUCUUUUGAGCUGAUGUGCCACUUGUUUAUAGGAGGUUUGAUAAGUCUGUCCUCCAGGUUGCAUCUGUUGUGAUAGUUUAGUUCUUGAGUCUGGCCCAAUGAGCAUUUAUAUUUCCUGCCAAAUACCUUGAUAUAAAUAUCUUGGGAGUUGCUGACCUGGAAUGGUUGUAAGUAGGCCCCUGGCUUCUUCACCUCACUUCGCUUUCCCUUUUGUCCUCCAGCCUCAGUGAACCCCUUGGCACAGUCCUCUCCAUGCCUUGCAUGUAGUUUGACCCGAGAUCAGACUUUGUAUUCUGUGUCCCAGAACAGCAUGGGAACAUGGCAUGCUUGUUUUCCAGGGCCCAGCCAGUCAUGGGUGCUAGCAUUGUCUCCACACACCAGCCACUGUAACACAGGUAUAUCAGAUUUCCUGAAUCACCAUUAAGAAAACACAGUCUUUUCUCAUCUAAGCCAGAAGUGUUGAAAAUGCUGAGCCUUAUACAUAAACUUAUAGGUUGUCAACACAUUUCAUAAGAAUAAAUGAGUAUUAUUUGAUAUGGUUCAGAUGAUGUUUAAAUGCUUACCAUUUCAAUGAACUUACAUUAUAAUUUUGUCCUUUAAAAAGUUGUACUUGAAUGUAAUAUAUUAAAUGUUCAAUGGCAUAUA